CACAUGAAGAACUGCUGCAGCUUAAUCUUUUCGGAAACCUGGCUGGAUAAAAAGACCCCGGACUCGGCUAUUGAGCUAGAUGGCCGCACUGCCUAUCGAGCAGACAGAACAGCUGACUCGGGUAAGAAGCUAGGAGGAGGUCUGUGUAUCUAUACCAAUGACUCGUGGUGUACCAAUGUCACAGUUGUUAGCAAACAUUGUUGCCCUGACGUGGAAUUUUUGUUGCUCCAAUGCAGACCGUUUUACUUACCAAGAGAAUUCUCUUCUGUUUACAUCUGUGCUGUUUACAUUCCACCCGACGCCAAUGCUAAACUGGCACUAGUAAGGCUACAGGACAUUGUAAACAAUAGCCUGCUGGCACAUCCCGACAGUAUCUUUAUUGCAGCGGGGGAUUUUAAUCAUGCUGACUUAAAGUCUGUACUUCAUUCUUUCCACCGUAAUGUAAAAUGCGCUACCAGAGGGAGCAACACACUUGAUCAGGUUUAUACCAACAUAGCCCAUGCAUACAGAACCCAGGCGUACCCCCACCUAGGUCUCUCUGAUCAUGUUUCGCUCCUCCUGCACCCCUGGCACUCACCCAAAAUCAGAGCCAGUAGGCCCGAAGUCAGGUCUGUCAGGAUUUGGCCUGAGGACGCCAUCCCUAGGCUCCAGGACUGCUUCAGCUCCACAGACUGGGACAUUUUCAGUGGACUGGGUGUGUUGACACGUAGGUCUCUGAAUAAUUAUCUUGUCUCAGUCCUUGACUACAUCAAAUUUUGUGUGGAUAUUGUUACAUCCUGGAAACAAUUCUGUGUCUUCCCAAACGUUAAACCCUGGAUGACACCUAAAGUAAAAUCCUUACUACGAGCCAGGAAUGCAGCAUACAGAACCGGUGACACCAAUGCAUACUGCACGGCAAGAUCCGACCUGAAGAAAGGCAUCAGUUCUGCCAAGCAAGCAUACAUGACCCGCAUUGAAGCUCAGUUCAACAGCGCCUCAUGCCCCCGGCAGGUGUGGGAGGGCGUUAGGGCAAUAACGGACUACAAGGGAAGAACAUCCCCCCCUGUCAACAGCAGCGCCCCCCUAGCGGAGGAGUUAAACAUCUUUUACGCACGUUUUGACAGGAACAACAAGGACCCGGUGUCGCCCCCUCUCCCCUCUGACGGCUCCACCCUAGUCCUGAGCACUCAUGAGGUCAGACUCAUCCUACGCAACAUCAACAUCAGGAAGGCAGCAGGCCCAGAUGGAGUCCAGGGACGGGUGCUCAAGGACUGUGCGGCUGAACUAGCUCCAGUUCUCACCACCAUCUUUAACCUGUCUCUGGCCUCAUCCUGGGUCCCAGGAUGUCUCAAGGCAGCAACAAUAGUCCCGGUUCCCAAGAAACCAAAUGUUGCAGGUCUGAACAACUACAGACCUGUGGCACUCACCCCUAUCGUCGCAAAAUGCUUUGAGAAACUAGUCAUGAAACACAUUAAAGCCUCCAUACCGCCAUCAUUAGAUCAGAAUCAGUUUGCUUACCGGAAGAACAGGUCAACAGAGGAUGCCAUUGCCAUUGUGUUACACACUCUACUAGAACAUCUUGAGCACAGUAACACAUAUGGGCGACUCCUUUUUGUUGACUUUAGUUCAGCUUUCAACACUAUCCUGCCUAACAAGCUACACAGCAAACUACACAAACUUGGCCUGAACACCACUUUAUGCAAUUGGAUUUUGGACUUUCUAACACACCGUACACAACAUGUCAGGAUUGGCAAGCAUGUCUCCCCCACCCUGCCCAUGAACACCGGGGCCCCCCAGGGUUGCGUGCUCAGCCCACUUCUCUACACACUUUUCACUCACGACUGCUGCUCCUCUUCUCCAUCUAACCUCAUAGUGAAAUUUGCUGACGACACAACAGUACUUGGCCUCAUCACAGGAAAUGAUGAGACCUCAUACAGGAGGGAGGCCGAGAGACUGGUAGAGUGGUGCGGUGAUCACAACCUGGUUCUCAACACCACCAAGACCAAGGAAGUGAUCAUCGAUUUCCGCAGGGCCAGACACCUCAGCCACUCUCCACUCCUAAUCGGAGGGGAGGAGGUAGAGAGGGUGUCCAACUUCAAGUUUCUGGGUGUGACUGUGGCCGACGAUCUGUCCUGGAGGACCAACAUCACCUCUGCCGUGGCUGCACCAGGGCCGAAAAGGAGGCCCUCCACAGAGUGGUCAAGGCUGCGGGGAGGAUCAUUGGGAAGAGCCUCCCAGAGAUCUCCACAGUCUUCACCUCCCGCUGCCUACGCCGGGUGAACAACAUCCUAAAGGACCAGGUCCACCCAGCGCACCAUCUCUUCCAGCGACUGCCCUCCGGACGGAGAUACCGUUCCAUCCGCUCCAGGUCCAGCAGAUUGACCAAUAGCCUCUAUCCAAAGGCUGUCAGACUGCUGAACGAACAACCUGCCCCCCGC